AAACUAAUACAGGGUUUUCAUUUUCAUCAAGAAUCCUUUUCUUUCCCCCAAAUUAAAAAUAUAAAAAAUAAUUUAUCUUUAUCUUUUUUAAUUGAAUAACACAAAUUAAACUAAACUAAAUUAAAAUUUAAAUUAGAUCAAAUUUAUACCAAUUUCAGGGCUCCGAUCAUUCCUCAUUAGGGGCGAUUUUAUUGGGCUUAAAUUGUGGUUAACUUAAAUUGAAGCUCUGGAGCUUGUUGAUGAUAAAAAGGAUCUUCUUGCCACUCAUCAAUCAAUAACAUGGGGCAACGAAAUAUGUUGUAUAUGGGUCCAAUGCUUGAAACAGAACAUGGUCAUCUCCAACCCGAACCAUGUAUAGUACCUUAUGGUGGUAUAUCGAGUUUUCCGCAGCCUACUAGUAAUCCAACCAUAUUACCACCUCCUGGAACCCGAACUUCUUUCAAUCCUCAACACCUGCCUGAAAAUCAUGGACCUCUGUCACAUGAAAUCGCUCAAUACAAUGGUCUUGAUCAUCAUCAUCAUGGUAACAAUGUGUUUAUGACUCCUCCUGGUGCUCGUGUAUUUCCUGUUGCAGUUAAUCACGGGAUGCAAGAUCAGUUACCAUUUUCUAGCGUUCGUGGAAGCUUUGAAAAUGGACAGUUUUUGGAUGGAUUUAAACGAAAGAAUGCUGAAGGAUUCUUAGGAAACAUUCAGUAUUUCUAUCCGGCACCUGGCUCGAGUUCUUCAGUUGCCAUCCCCAUGAACACAGAGGUAACAAUGAUGGAUGGCCCAUCAUUAGUCAUGGAACCUGCAGUCCAUAGAAGUGCGAGAAACAGAGGUUCAAGUGCUAUUGGCGUUGACCCAGUUUUGGCUCAUAGUAGUAGCCAUUUGAUGCCUGGAAACUAUGGUGGUCAGCACCUUCAAGCAGUACCUAACCCAUGGCUGGAUCAGCAGUUUUGUGGUAAUAGUAGUGAUACCGGUUCCUUUUCAUGGAAUCAUGGUCCCGGAAUACCUUAUCUCCAAGGACCUAUCAACGGAGGUGGUAUGGAGGCUGCAAACGCUGGGUUACAUGGGUACCAAGUCGCACCCAGCAAUAGAAACCCCACGGCCUUUGUUCACCCGUCUACUAUCACGCCUCAUCAGGGGCCCCACAGUCUUCACCACCCACCACCGCCACCAAUGCCUACAAUGCAAGGCCACAACAUGGACUUUCAUUCUCAAUUGGCAUCUACUUCACGCAGACUUCCAUCAAACAGCACAAUAAAUCCUUUUCAAAGUGGGAUAGAUACAGGGCCUAGAUUUGCGGGUCCCACGCCGCCAACUGGUCUAAGAGUUUUUCGGCCUCAUCGACGGGACAUGGUGGUUGAGGCAACUGCACGGCAUCGGGGCUUUCCCCACUUGAGAGUUCUCCCGGAAGAUGGGGUUGCAAUCCUUGAUAUAUCUGGUUAUCAUGAAGUAGGACAUUCCGUUGACCAUCAUAGAGACAUGCGUUUGGACAUAGAUCACAUGUCUUAUGAGGAGCUUCUUGCACUUGGCGAACAGAUCGGCAGUGUGGGCUCAGGCUUGUCAGAUGAUUUUAUUCUAGAACAUCUAAAAUCACGAGUAUUUACUUCAUCCAAAUCUUCUUCUGAGCCUGAAGAUGCAUCUUCCACUGAUUUAGAACUUAAUUCUUGUGUAAUUUGUCAGACAAAUUAUGACGAUCAAGAACAGAUUGGGGUGCUAGAUUGUGGGCAUGAGUAUCAUGCUGAAUGUGUUAAGAAGUGGUUGGUCGUUAAGAACACCUGUCCAAUUUGCAAAUCCACGGGACUUGCUGCACAAGCGAAGGAGUCAUAAACCGAAGAAUUAGGAGAAGCGUGAAACCUUGAAAUACCCUAGGCAUCAUGCUUUUCUUCUGAUAUAUAAAUAUAACUAAGGAGAGGGUGUGCUCUCUUAUAAAUUAUGGUAAAUAUGGAAACCUGGUUUUUGCUUCUUUUGAGAUGACAGUCAACGACUGUUUAAAGAACGAAAUCUCUGUUGAACCUUUUUGUACAGACUUUUUUUUUUUUUUUCUCUGUUGGUUCACUCCGUGGAUGAUCUGUCUGGGGUAAUAUGUACUUAUGAAUGUUAAUAUCAGGUUGAACAUCCAUUGAA